ACUAAAUGUCUUGGAUAUUCCGUUCAUCUCAACGGCUGUUGGUCAGUGGACUUCGUUGAAUAAAUAAAGUACGUCACGCUAUAAAUGGAGAACAUUUAAAAUUGCAUUCAAGCUGAACGUUUAAGCCGCGACCUUGUUCAUUUACUACUACUAUUGUGAUGUAUUGUUAUUCCGGCAGUUGUUUACAAUUUUUGAGUUAAAGUUAACACAUUACGACGCGAAUCGUAGAGCGGUAUGCCGUUGCCUAAAACAGAGAAAUAAACGUUUAAUCCUUGUCGAGUGGCAUUUAGGUUUAGUGGUAUUGCUUUAAGAGGUGAUAUGGCCUUCUGUUUGAGUGAACUCGACCCACGCCGACAAAUAAAGACUCCUACGCGGCGCCAGUGAUACUACGUCGCCGCUGAGCAUAAAAAAAUGUAAUGAGAAUAAAAGUAGACGAAGUAUUGGUUCAAGUUGUUACCGGCUUACAUUUUUGAAGUGAAACUAUAUUAAAUCUUGUGAUGAUUAUUGGUGCGGGAAUUGUAUAUUUUUCCACGUCUGUUUAAUCCACUGUGAAGGCUAAAGUUUAUGGGAUUCAAUAUUCGAAUUAAUUUGAGACGGAUGUGCUAGCAUAAUGUAUUCUGGAAGAUAUUUCCCAUGAAAAAUUCUAUCAAUUAGCGAACAUAGUUCAUUCAAAAUAAAGAAAUCAACAGCCCUGUUGUGUUACAAGUCAAGAAUGGAUGAAAAUGAUGUUAUCAUAUCAUCUACAGAGAUUAUUAAAGACAGAUUAUACUUCGCUACCCUCGAAACUGGAUAUAAACCGAAACCGACUCGCAACAGCAAAUACUUCCACAUAGAAGAUGAUAUUGUAUAUGAGAAUUUUUAUUUCGAUUUUGGACCCUAUCACCUGUGCCAUUUGUAUGAGUUUUGCAAGAGACUCAACGAGGAACUGGAGAAAAAUCCGAAAAAAAAAAUAGUAUUCUACACAAGCAACAACGAUACUCUCAGACUGAAUGCGGCAUAUCUCAUUGGGAGUUAUCAGAUAAUAUAUUUGGGCGGUUCACCGGCCGCGGUGUACAAACAGCUGACGGAUAACACGUGGCAAUUGUUGAAUUUCCGCGAUGCCUCCGGAGGUCCACCGUUAUUUGACAUAUCGCUCUUGGAUGUGCUGAACGGCAUUAAGGUCGCUCAUGACGCUAAGUUCUUCGACUUCGACGACUUUGACGCUGAUCAGUAUUUGUUUUAUGAGAAAGUGGAAAACGGCGAUCUCAAUUGGAUAGUCCCCGAUAAGAUGCUGGCUUUCUCUGGACCACAUCACCGCUCCCGCUUGGACCGCGGCUACCCGUUACACAGUCCCGAACAUUACCACGACUAUUUCAAGAAGAACCACGUCACGACUGUAGUUAGACUGAACAAGAAGUCAUACGACGCUAGACAGUUCACAGCUCACGGGUUCGAGCAUAGAGAACUAUUCUUCGUCGAUGGAUCUGUACCAUCAGAGUCGAUUGUCAAUAGAUUCAUUCGCAUCGCUGAAGCCGCUAAGGGAGCUGUUGCUGUUCAUUGUAAAGCUGGUCUCGGUCGCACCGGCACGUUGAUAGCAUGCUAUAUGAUGAAGCAUCACGCGUUCACCGCUCGGGAAGCCAUCGCCUGGCUGAGAGUCUGUAGACCUGGCUCUGUUAUAGGACACCAACAAUGGUUCCUUGAAAACAUACAGCCUAGAAUGCACGCUCUAGGAGAGGCUUAUCGACGGCGUAACAACGUAACAUCUUUACCAGUAUUCACGAGAGCUAUAUACAGCCUUCGACCAGCGCAGACUGAAGACAAACCCGUGUCACUGCAGACUAUACUCAAUAGCAGUAAAAAUACGAAUAAGUUGGACAACGCUAACGUAUUAAACGCCAAUGAGACGGACUCGGAAAACAACGUAACUCAAGUCAUCGGCAAAUACAAGACCACAGCGACGCCAAUGCUGCCAACAAAAACUCUGUUUUCACCAAAAAUGAACUACAUGAUACCCACCAACAACAUCAGGAAUGCCAACAAUACAAACCUGAAGCCCCAACCUAGGUUAAUGAACGCCACGCUAAAGUCCCAUUAUGCAGCCAAGACUUCCACAUUCCCGCCAACAAGAAGUGCCAAUUCCCAAGUUAAAUUAACUGCUGGGGUUAAACCACUGACUGGUAAGAAUUCCUUCCACGGCCAACGGGCUAACCUCGCGAGGCCAAAUCUUGCAUAUUCGCACGGCAGCAGCCCGAUCAAAACAUUCACCAGAAAGGGAAUAGUAUCAAAGCUGUCAUCAAACGACACCACAGUAGUUACAACACUAACUAACGUAACUUCAACCCUAUCAGCAUUGACGGAGAAUUGCCAUUUGAAUGGCAAACGGCUGCCGUCAGAACCUAAUCUCAAAGCCGUACAGUCGAAAACACCCACGAAUUUAAACGGCAGAAAGAAAUUAAUCGUUCGAUCCAAUUCAAUAAAUCGCAAGAAGCUUCCAAAAACACUUCCAAAGAGUGGUCUCGAAGGUACACAGGAUCUAUCAUCCAGUGAUACCAACAUCACCAACAUUUCCGCCGAUUCCCUAGACACUCCUUUCCGUUUCCGGCGGAAACGGGAUAAAUCGAAAACCCCAGAACCAAUGGACUGCAUAUCGAAUUCGGUGAUAACAUCCGACGUGACGCCAGAUAAUUACGAGGAGACGGGCAAUUCGCAGGGGAACAAGCUAUAUAAGAUCAAAGCGUUACGGAAGAAAUGUCCGGCUUUCGGCAUGAGCCUAUUGAAAGAGGGCAUUCAAACACGGUCGAGUACUUGCGCGAGUAGUUCGACCGUCAAGAAGAAAUGAUACCUCUGUAGAGAUAACCAUUUUUUAUUACGUGUCAUAGUGAUAUUUGAUUGUUGAUAGCCUCUUUUAGCUUCAACUGAACCAUGAACUCAUAUCAAGCCGCUAACAAUAUUUUAUACAUGAAAACUAAAUAAAACACUAUGAUUUUUUUCCGUUCGAGAUCUUCUACUAGAUAGGAUAGAAGCUUUGUGAGGGAAAAAGAUACAAAUAUUUUUUGUCUCUUUCUCUCACAAAACCUCAAGAUCUGGUAAAAAUACAUAAUAACUAUUUAGUGCCGUUUAUUAAAUAACCGUAAACAUAAUCGUUGUAUUGUUGUAACAUUUUUUUAUAGGGUAAUAUGUUGUAGAGAUCUGUCCUCGAUGAAUUUGUCAUCGGAACUCAUAUAGUAACCUUAUUUGAUUAUGAUGUUACUGCACUGAUGUUAUUAAACUAAGCCCAAUAGUUGUUAUAAUAUCAUAUUUACUUUCUUUACAUUAAAUGUAGAAGGAAAUUUUUAUGUAGACAUAAAAAUAUAUGUGUAUUAUAUAAUUUUUUAUAGUGUUGUGACGUUACAAAUCAAUGUUUCUAACUGGCUGUUAGUAUUAGAACGUUGCUGAGGUGUUGAUUCUCACAAGUGCAGUCGGUACAUUAAGCGUGUAUUAUUUCUUAACUAAUUCUAAGGAAAAAUAUUUUUAUAAUUCUUAUCCGAUGCCAUUAUCAUUUGCUUCUAUUGAGCUUCCUGUUGUGAAUUAUCAUUAAUUUUAUGUUAUAGACGAACAUUGAAGAUUGGAUAUAUAAAAGUUGCUUUUACCUUAGUUACGGUUAUAGUUAAACGAAACCAUCAGUAGUUACAUUAGUUCUUCAUUCGUACUAUAUUGAUACUGAAUACGAAGGUUUAUGAGUGAAAAAUAGAUAUUCACAGUAUGUAGUUUGGCGACGUGUUUGAUAAGGUAUAGAUAAUUGUCUAUUUCCUAAGAAGAAAGCAUAUAUGAUAUAACUUAUAUAAAUAACAAUCUAUGAAGUAACUAGGUCGUUUAAUGAAUUAAUUCAUACCUACAAACUGAUGGUUUUAUUUAACUGUUAAACUCAUACUUAGGAUAAAUAAUAUUUUCUUGUUACCGCUUUAUUAUUUUAUAUGUAUACAUAAUAGUUACAGUCACAAGUAUAUAACUAAAUAGUUUCCUUUAUAUAAGAAUAUUAUUUACCUAUACGGUUGUGAUAUGCAAUCGACAUUAUAUAUUUUGUUUAAUCUGAAGAUAAAUCUUACAAUCCUUGGAUUUAUAUACCGUGUGAGUCCAGUUUGUGCGGUUUUUUUUUCUAUAAUGUUUAUUUUAACUGGAAUUAACUGUUAUUUGACGAAUUUACGGUGUCAUAUCAAUUUGUACAGAACUUGCCACUUUAUAUAGGAAAGUCAAUAUAUAUAAAGUUUGUUAUAUCUAUAUAAAAAGGCUGUUAAAUCUAUAACACAUAUAUACAUAUAUAUACUUGAGCAAGCGUGGUGAUUAAUGCUCUAACCUUCUCCAUGUGAGAAGAGGCUGAUGAUGAUGAUGAUGAUGAUGAUAUAUAUAAUAUACUAUAUAAUUUCUUUGUCUGCAUUAUAUAUAUUAUAAUUGGAAUAAUUAUUAUGUAAUAUAAAGUAAAGAUUUUUUAAAGUGAAAUUAUUUGUUACAUUCUACAAAGCGGCUUCGGCGUUGUAGUUGUAUAUAUGUGUACUGUUAAUUCGAUUAUGUUAAAUCAAGUUAAAUAUAAAGUUCAGUUUCAGUAAAUUACACAUAUAAGUUAUGAUAAUUAAUGAAUAAUUAUAAUAAAUCGUUGAAACAUAAAAUGUAUGUUAAAUAAUUAGAAGAAAUUGAAUUUUAGCGUAAAAGCAUAUUAAAUAAUCGAUACCGUAUUCUGGUGAAAGAUUAAAAAAAAAAAGUCGAUCAUAUUGUUGCAGCUAUAAUUUUUUUUCAUUUUUCUUUUUUUAAAUUUUAUUUAUUUUAUUAUGAUUUUUUUUUUAUAUAGAAAAAAAAUAAAUAUUUUGAUUGUGGAAUCUUUGUGAUUUGUUGAAUAUUGACAUAUUGUUUAGAUUGUUAUAUUUCUAAUUCGUUUUUUUUUUAAUUUCAUUAUUAUUAUUAUUAUUGUAUAUUUUCAACUAUGAUUUGGUGCGGCGACAUGCGAAAGUUGAAUGGGACCAGUAAGCGGGAAAGUUAUCAUUCUAUAAUUUACUUUGUGAUCUUAUCUGUUACUAAUACUAGUACCUAAAGGUAUCCAGGAACGCUUGUGCUUAACAUUGAAUGAUAUUGCGAUUA